UGGGAGGUUUACACCUCAAGGUCGUUGCCGGACAAUUUUUUGAUUGACAGUUCGUUACUUUUGUUUUCCACACAACGUUUCUCGGAUGUGCGUUUGAUGUCGACAGCUAGGGAAUUAAAAGAAUCCCCAGUAGCCUCAGCUCAAGCUUAUGUCUUACUGUUUAAUACUGAGGAUAGAAAAUGGUUACCUAGUGGUGGGACAAGAGCACUGUCUUGGAUUCAAAUACUUCAACAGAAUGGUUUAGAUGCUUUUCGUAUUGUCGGUUGGCGUCAACCAGAUAAUCAAGUAAGCAUUGCUGUUUUGUUUCUUUGUUUAUGUGUGUGUCAAAGUGAUACACAUUAA